AUGCUUUUUCUUCAUAGCUUUUGUCCAACGCAUGCAACGUGCUCCACCAGCGGCGGGUGCCGCUGGCUGAGUCGAGAAGACCCAGUCGACACCAGGCCUUCUGGUGGGGAUGAUGGAUGCGGGGGGCUGCUAGGUGAUCGUGAAGCUCCUCGUGCUCGGCUGGCGGCCCACAUGCUGCCGCGUUCAGCGCCAGGACGCGCCCCGGCGACCCCCAGGCAUUAUUAUUCAUCAUUCAACAUCAUCAUUCUCUAA